CGUGAAUCAGUCCACAGUUUUGGUUAAGUCCGGUUUGGUUUAAUCCCACAGAAUAAACCUCAAUGCUACGUUUCUACUACCACUGGAGAUUUCCGCCGCCCCUCGCCGCCGCGAGAAUGCUCUCAUCACCACCACCACCACAACCUCACUCUCAACCUUCAAUCUCCAGCGGCGUCUCAAAUUCGAUCUCAACCACUAAAAACACCAAACCCAACUUACUACCCACUCAAUCUCAACCAAAGACUCUCUCUUCCUCUCCUCUAAAAUCCACGGUGGCUUGUUCUAGCUCUGGACCUAUCCGACAAAACAUGACUACUGUCUCUCAAUGCUUCUCAACCAAACAAGAACCUGUCGAGUCAGAUAAAAGCUCACUCCUUGUCGUUUCAUUCUACAAGUUCGCUGAUUUUCCUGACCAUGCUGAUCUCAGAAAGCCCCUCAAGGAUCUCUGCGAAGAAUUGUGUGUUUCAGGUGGAAUCAUUCUUGCACCAGAAGGAAUCAACGGGAGUAUCUGUGGGAGUCGUGAAUCAGUGGAGAGAGUGUUGGCGUUUAUACAGAGUGAUGUUCGUUUGAGUGGUUUGAGGCAAGUGGAGACGCCUGUGAGUCCUGAACAAGAAGCUAUACACCAUGGACAUAGCAGUAGCUCUCCUCUUGCGGCUGGUGAGGACGCUCCGUUUAGAUGGGAUCACGUUAGGGUCAAACUCAAGAAAGAGAUUGUCACGCUUGGAAUGCCAAGUGUGUCGCCUAUUGAAAGAGUUGGAACAUAUGUGAGCCCUGAGGAAUGGAAUGAACUGAUCAGUGAUCCAGAAACAGUAGUGAUUGAUGUGAGGAACACCUAUGAGACUAGGAUUGGGAAGUUCAAAGGAGCUGUUGAUCCAUGCACCACAGCUUUCAGGCAUUUCCCAUCUUGGGUUGAGAAUCAGUUUGCAUUGAAGCAAGAAGGCAAUGAAACACAAGCAAAGGUGGAGAAAGAAGAAGAGAAAGCUGAGAAACCAAAGGUGCUGCCACGGAUUGCUAUGUACUGCACUGGAGGAAUCAGAUGUGAGAAAGCUUCAAGCUUUCUGCUUAGCCAAGGCUUCGAAGAGGUGUAUCAUCUCAAAGGUGGGAUACUGAAGUACCUAGAGCAAGUCCCCAAAACAGAGAGCUUGUGGGAAGGAGAAUGCUUUGUGUUCGACAAACGUGUGUCAGUGGAACAUGGUUUAGCACAAGGAACACAUAAACUCUGCUAUGGAUGCAAGCAGCCUAUAAGUGAUGAAGACAUGGAAGCUCCAGAGUAUGAAUCUGGAGUCUCUUGCCCUUACUGUUUCUCUGAGAAGUCCGAAGAGGAGAAAGAAAGGGCAAGAGCAAGGCAGAGUCAGUUUGAGGAAUGGGGUGUGAUCGGUGGUCCGGAUAAAGGUCGUAGGCCCGCUACUAAACCGGAUAGUCCAAGAAAGAGCAGUGCCAAGCUUGGUUCUUCAAUAUAGACUUUUUGUUGUUCUUCUUGUGGUCUACUCCAUAAUUUAUAAAACCAUUGUUAUAUUUGAGUGGCUUAAACGCUAAUCAUCAAGGAAAUGGAAUUGUGUUUUAAGUUUUCUGAUGA